CGUGGGCGCCGGUGACCGCGCUUUCUGCUAUUGGGGAGGUCUGGUUUAGAGCUACGCUGCUUGUUCCUCUGGCAGUGGUCCGGUCUCCAUCUUUCCCUCCAGCUCCCCAUCCCUAAAUCCGGUCAGCACCAGCAGGUUCUGGGCGCCAUGGCUCCUCGCGGGAGGAAGCGGCAAGCCGAGGCCACUCCGGGCGCGAGGGUGGAUAAGCGGGAGAAACCGAUGAACGGCGGGGACGCAGCGGAGGGCCCGGCCGUCGUCAUUGAACAUUGCACCAGCUGACGUGUUUACGGGCGCAACGCCGCUGCCCUGAGCCAGGCGCUGCAGCUCGAGGCCCCGGAGCUUCUGGUGAAGAUGAACCCUUCCAAGCCCCGGAGGGGCAGCUUCGAGGUGACGCUAUUGCGCCCCGACGGCAGCAGUGCCGAACUCUGGACUGGAAUUAAGAAGGGUCCCCCGCGAAAACUCAAAUUUCCUGAGCCUCAGGAAGUGGUUAAAGAACUGAAGAAGUACCUUUCAUGAAGUGGUUUGGGCAGGAGUCCUCGUGCUGAGCUUUCAGUCCCUGGUGAUGUUGGAGCAUUUAUGAUGGGGCAUGGCCAAACUUUAGUUAUGUACCUGAAGUCAGAGUUUCCAACUCUCCAGAAAUGAUGGUUCAGUUGUGAGGCAACCCUUCAUUAUUAAGGCAUUGUAAAAGUGUUUGGAUUUGGUUUAAUAAAGUUGAAAUAAAGUAUCUGA